UUUCUAAAGAGCAAAUAUUUGCAUUCCCGCGGCGUUAGAAUGCCUGGAAGAUUCUGUCAACCAUGAUUCAGAGCAUCCUCAGGUCUCUUCCACGAAAAUCGUCCAUACAAACACCAAGGAGCCCUGCAGUGGACGGUCUAAGCUAAGGGGCAUUGUAUCAAUGGCGAAUGAGAAGCUGGCUGAAGUUCAGGGUAUGGCUGUUUUUCUUUCACCUGAUGACAAUACCUCAUUUUCACCGUUGCCCUCCCCUCAGUCACAUCCGCCGCCGAAUUUAUCGUACGAACGAUCCUCGGAGCAUAGCCACAAUUUAGUGGCCGCGUCUGAUCCUGUAACGCUUGUUACCAAUUCAACUCUAGAAAUAUCCGAAAUCAACAAACGAGCAGGAGAUGACACUUUGGUGCAGCGCCACCCUAGCAACCAUGUUGAUUACUUGUCACAUGACUGGGUAGAAGAAGAUAUAUGGUCAUCGUGGCGCUAUCUCGUGUCGAAUCGAGGCGAAUGCUCCAAUGCACAGAGGUUAGAGAAUGCAUCUUGGAGGGCUUGGACGAAGACAAAAUGCAACCUCAAAACGGUUUCGCCGGAGACCAUUAAUUGGCUGAGAGACUGUGACGUAACUUGGUUGUAUGGUCCACUACAGCAGUGUCGACCUACGUCGUUAUCAAGAAGCAUGGGACGGACAAACUCCACUUCGCCCAUGACUAACGUGUCCAUCGUUAACAAGUCCAACCUGAGAAAAAUGAGCAUAGCAGAGACCUUGCGCCUAGAGUCUCGUUCGUUGUCGUCCGUUCUCAAACAGGCCACGAAAGAUACUCAACCACAACAUCUGGAUAGAAGAGGUCGUGUAACAAGGCUUAUUGUACAAACACAAGUGGCCCGGGAGCGGGCGCUAGGCAUGCCUUCAAAAUCGACUUCGGAAAUUGAAACUCACAUACCGAAAGUCAAAUGCGUCCAAUUUGAUGAACGUGUUGAGCAAUGCAUCGCGAUGGAUUCCAGUGUAGGAGUGGACAAGGAGGAGCGAGAACACGAAUAUAGGAGUAAUGUCGAUGAUAGUGAUUCGGGAGAAGGAGCUGUCAUGAUGAAAAUCAUGAGAUCAAGGAGGAAAUCAGUGAGAGCAAAGCCAAAACCAAAACCGGAGACAUAUGUCGCGAAAAAGACUAUCAUGGUACUACCAUCUACGACCCUGAAAUACGAUGGAGGCACGCCACAUCCAUCUCAAACCGCUAUGGAGUAUGAUGCAGAUCAUUUCAUUUGUUCUAUCUUCUCCCCAUCGUCUCCGUUGGAGGUUUUGCGACGACCAACACAAUCGCACUAUUCUCCCAUCCGGGAUGAUGAAAGUCCGCAUAUAAACGAGAAGCGAGUUCUAUGCCAAAGCUAGGCUCAGUACAAUUCUUACUACCUGGUCCAUACGAAAUACAGCGGCCUAUAUCAAAAACUAGCAAGAUGUAUGAGC